AUGCAUCUUUCUACGCUUAUUCUACUGCCGGCUCUGGCUGCGGCACAAGAGCAGGUUCCGUUUGCGGAACGCCUCCAGGGCUGGUUCAACCAAGCCAAGGAGCUGCUGCCUACUCCAAAGGUUCCCCAGGCUGUCGCACCCGUCACUACUCCUGCUCCUCCAAAGGCUGCCGUCGUAAAGCCAAAGACAGUUUCCCAAUUCAACCCAGACAACUGGAGGGAUAUUCUUACACCUCAAUCAAAGCCACAGGAAUGGUUGAUCUUUGUCACUGGUGGUAACAAGACCUGCUUUGGACAAUGCGGACAAGCAAACCGCGCCUGGAAGGAAGCACAAAACCAGUUCGCCCUCGACGCCCAGUCUCCUAACCUUGGACGUGUUAACUGCGAAGCCCAAGGUCUUCUCUGCGCCAUCUGGUCCGUUAGCCCACCAAUGCUAUGGCACAUCCAGGUCCCCAGUACGCCAUCCAUUGGCGAAGAGAAGCCAUUGACUCCCAUUCACCCCUUCCGUCUGAAUGCUACCACUGUCACCGCCGACGAUAUCUACAAAGUACACUCCGAGAAGCUCUGGGAAAAAGAGCCUGAGCUUCAGACCAUGUUCCACCCAUUCAAUGGCUUAGCUGCCGAGUACCGCAUCAACGAGGUCGUUGGUUAUAUCAUCUACUGCCUGGGUAUGAUCCCCAGCUGGGCCAUGAUGGUCGGUAUCAGCUUUAUCAGCAGAACCAUGAUGUAA